AUCGGACUGGCCCGGUUCACUUCUACCUCAGACCCCGCAGCAGGACAGCGCAGGAUCCAGGAGAUAACGCGUGGUGGUGACCAGGGGGGCCUCGGGGGGGGGGUCGAGAAAGAGAUCAAGGUGGACAGGAGUGGGGCGCACGGCCCCCCCGUUUUGAAUCGGGAUGCAGCGGGACACGGGGUUCGGAGGGAACACGCAUGACUCCUCACAAGCCGCGGGCUGUAAUGGAGGUGGUGAUACACCAAGAGCGGAGCAGCGGAUUCCUGCAGAGCCCAACACUCUGCCUCACAGCCCCGCAACCCAGCGCCAGCCGCUGCAGGGAUAGACGCUUCUGCUUCUCACUAUUAAAUCCUCGCCAACAAAAUACUGGAUUUCCAGACCAAUGCUUGAGCCAAACAAGCGGCUAACAGACUACCUUGCUCCUCCAUUCAUACCCCACCUCGUCUGCGGGAUGUGGCGGGGGAUUCGCCGGGUACGGAGAGACCAGCUUUGAACAGACCCUGCGUUUUACGCCAGCGGCUUCGAUGCUCAGGCUCCGGUUGUUUUGAGAAAUAAUUAAAAAAAAAAUUUUUUUUUAUUUAUUUCUUUUUUUUGUUAAGAGAAAAAAUAAAAGGGAAAGAUGUUUCUGCGAUGCUACCGGGCCAAGCUGUCGGCGUGGGCCGCUCUGUGCGUGCUGGUGCUCUGCUGGUUUUACGUUUUCCCCGUCUACAGACUCCCAAGCGAUAAAGAAAUGGUGGAGGAGGUGCUGAGGCAGGGGGAAGAAUGGCAGAAGAACCAGACGGGCAUCGAUUUAUACAGGAAGUUGCUGUCAGAGUGCUGUGAUCCGAAGCAGAUGUUUGCAGUGACUAAGGAGAACUCACCUGUGGGCAAAGUCCUGUGGUACGAUGGCGAGUUUUACUACUCGCACACCGUCAACAAUAACACGUACUCCCUCUUUGUACAGGACAACCCCCUGCAGCUGCCCCUGAAGAAGUGUGCAGUAGUGGGUAAUGGCGGCAUUCUCAGGCACAGCAAGUGUGGCGGGGACAUCGACCAGGCUGACUUUGUUAUGAGGUGUAACCUUCCACCGAUCUCAAAGGAAUAUGUGCAGGAUGUGGGAACAAAGACACAUCUGGUUACAGCCAAUCCCAGCAUCAUCGAGAAGAGAUUUCAGAGCCUUCUGUGGUCAAGAAAGGAUUUUGUGGAUAGCAUGAAGGUCUACGGCUCCAGCUACAUCUACAUGCCGGCGUUUUCCAUGAGGCCUGGCACAGACCCAUCACUGCGGGCCUAUUACGCGCUGGCAGACUCCUCCUCCAACCUCACCAUGCUUUUUGCCAACCCUGAAUUCCUACGCACGGUGGGUAAAUUUUGGAAAUCCCGCGGUGUGCACGCCAGGCGCCUAUCCACAGGCCUCUUUCUGGUGAGCUUAGCCCUGGGGCUGUGUGAAGAAGUGACAGCCUACGGCUUCUGGCCGUUUUCUGUCGACCUGGAUCAGCGACCAGUCAGCCACCACUACUACGACAACAUCCUGCCCUAUAAGUGGUUCCAUGCCAUGCCUGAGGAGUUCAUCCAGCUUUGGCAUCUGCACAAAAGCGGCACGCUCCGUGUGAGGGUGGGACGCUGCCCCCCUCAGGAAGGAGGGAGUUAGAGUGCCUUGAGGAGUGAUGGCACUCAGCUCAAGUUUAGUGGUUAUGAAGACAUUAAGCUUAUGAUACCACCGGAAGUUUAUAUGAAGAAAUAAAUUAGAGCGCAUAUUUCCACUGAGGAAUUGCACUGAGCACUGCAUCUGUGUCCAUACACGCUCCUGCCGUCCUACCCCCUAGCUGAUCCCUAAUUAUCACGAGAAUGCCCUCCACACAGGCGAGCAGCACCAGGGACAGAGUACCACAGUGACACAUGCAGGCAUACACUCACACAGCAUAACAUAUUUACACAUUCCUGAAACUAGCCAUAUCUCUACUCGCGUUUCUGAAAUUGUGUGUGUGUGUGUGCAUGGAUGUGUGCCCUUACAGACAGCAUCAUAUGGACUAAUACAUGUGAAAGUGUGGGAAUGGAUGGUUGGGAGAUGGAUUUUGUGCACUGACUGUGUAAGUGGCAGAAGGGGCAGCUGGACCAAAUUCCCCUCUGGGUCUUUGUUAAUCAAGAACAGAAGGAGUGGAGGACUGGAGGGAACAUUAAAAUGCUCUGAAAGACUGGCAAAAUGCCAAGAAGGAGGGAGCUAUAAUGGUAGUAACUAGCAGCCUGAAUAGAAGCAAAUUUUAAUGGAGGAAGAAAAAAUAAAGCGGACUUUGAAAUGCAGCCACGAGUGCCGCAGCGCAACAUUUUAAAACGUCUGAAAGUUUUACAUUUGAACCUCAUCCUCCUUUCCACUGAAGAUUACCAAAAUGAGUUUCACGGUGUCAGAAAUCCAUAAUUAAUAAUUUCAAUAAUUAGGGUUAAAAAUCGAAUUCAACGUUUUGCUUAGGAUUACGGCUUUAUCUAUUAAGGAAAAUUCAAGUUGGGUAAAUGACGACUUAGCAGAAUAAAACAAUUUGACACAUAUUCUUAGUCCCAAGUACACUGGAUUAAAAUGGAGGCUCUGCUCUUUAUGUACCCGUCGCCGUGGUGCAUCAUGGUGCACGCGCCUAACUCAGGGUGAACAUACUCAGAGCCAACUGAACUAACUCCUAUCAUCCUUUCUGGAGCCGAGAACUGGCUGUCCCGUAUUCUUGUAUUUAAUCAACUAGACUCAGAGUUUGCUAGACUCAGCUAGACUCAGAGUUUGCUGAAC